AUCAGAUAUUAAUAAAAUGUUGAUAAGCGAUUGCAACGAUAAAUUAUGAAAAAAAAAGUUGACGAAAAAUAUAAAAGAAGAAAGAUAUCGAUAUUGUUAAACAAUCACGUUGCACGCUGUUACGAACAAGCUACGAAUCUGAUUCAAAAAUGAAAGCGAUACUUGCGCUAGCUCUUGCUACUGUUUCGAUAGCCCUUGUUUCCGCAACUCCACCACCUACAUGUCCGCCGAAUGAAGUCGAAGAUGAAGUGAUCCUACUUCCGAAUCCGGAUGAUUGCACAUCUUACUACGCUUGCAACAGAGGAACGCCGUUCUUGAUGAAAUGUUAUCCAGGACUUGAAUUCAAUGCCGAGUUAAAGAUUUGCGAUUGGCCAGAAAGGGCGCACUGCCGAGUAACCCCGGAACCAUCUUCAAGCGAACCCGAGCCAUCGUCCAGUGUUAAACCUGACGAAUAAAGAAUCGAGCCAAAUAAAGAAUCCAAGCCAACAAUCUAAAGAAUCAUUGGAGCGUUCUAUAUAUAAUAAUUAAUAAAUAAAUUAUGUGCAUUAUUAUUUAUGUGGAAUAUCUUUCAAAAACUAGCGGCUAGAAUUUUGUUAGAAAGUAACGAGUAUAAAAAUUCGUUGAUACGUUAAAUAUAAUUUAAUUAUUAUAAAUCUACAAA